AUGGCAUCGCAGGGCGAGCUUCGAAAUUCGGACAGUGAGAAAGAGCCGAAAGCGACCGAUAAAAACCACCCCAAAGCCUCAUCAAAGCACGGAAAGGGGCGACCAUCCGUAGAUGUGCAGCUGGCGCAGAAUUAUAGAGAACGGCAGGAUCUACCACCUAUCGAACAAGGCGUGGAUCCCAAGCAAGAGGGGGGGAACCAAGAAUUUCCUAGCUCGGAUGCAGAAUAUGUUGAGAUAGUGCUGGACAAACGCUUGAAAAUAGACCUACAGACGACACAAUCAUGGCCGGACGAACGAAGAUCUGAAGCCGAUAAUGGCAAAUCACCUAGGGACUAUGUCACGGGUCGCAAGCUAUCCCAGCACGGUCGGUCAUGUCUCAGAUGCUUAGAAAAGGGACUGCGAUGCACACUCAACUACCUUGGCAAGGAAUCAGACCCUCAGUGCGCGGCUUGCCGACGGUCAAAGGCACCGCAUUGUGUGAGAUUCCAGCCGGUCGGGGAUCAUGGGCACGGAAUUCCGUUCUAUGGGCCACCGUGGAAAAACCCAAACUUCGUUGCCGGCGGGCCGGCAGGAAAAACCGUAGCGCGACUACCGAGCGAGCAACUAGAAGAAAUGCUCCGCGAGUUCUACGAAGGACAAAAGGGGUAUGUGAUGGGCCAGUAUAUGACGGCAAGCGAUGUGCACAGCUUCGCGCUGCCACCAUUCAACGGCGCAGAUCUACCCCCCAUAGACCGGCCGGAGAACUAUGAGGAAAUGGAUUGGAAGGACAUCCUUCCGGAUUGGAGGAAUCGGAGCUUACAGUCGCCUAAGAAAGGGAGCGAAAAGGACGAUGAGUAUGAGAAAGUGAAGAAAACACUGGCUCUUGCUAGAGAAAUAUCCUUGCUGCCGCCGAACCCCGACGGGGAAGACGCAGAAGCUAUUCGGCAGAAGAUGGCGCGGAUAAAGCUUACGACCUCAAAUAACGCGCAAGAAGAGGAUAUCAGUUUGCUGAGAAUUGUGAGGAGGUAUAGGCCCAGGGAAAAGAAUCUUAGUGACAUUGUAUAA